CAAAGGCCCUGAGCCCUGAGGUGUGUUCUGCUCACCUGGGGUGUGGGGGACUAAGGUUCCAGAAUGGAGGCCAGGAGGAGCGGGCUGAGCGGGGCCCAGAGGGACACUCAGAUCAUGGCAGCGGCUAGCACCGUCCGAAAGACGGCGGGCCCCGUGCCCGAGGCGGCCCAGCCUUUCCUGUUCACCCCUCGCUCCGGCCCGGGGCCGGGCAGCAGUGUGGGCACACCCCCUGUGGAGUGGGCCGCCCGGCGCCUGGUGUGGGUACCCUCGGAGCUGCACGGGUUCGAGGCGGCCGCCCUGCGGGAUGAGGGCCCCGAGGAGGUGGAGGUGGAGUUGGCCGAGAGCGGGCGCCGGCUGCGGCUGCCCAGGGACCAGGUGCAGCGCAUGAACCCCCCCAAGUUCAGCAAGGCCGAGGACAUGGCGGAUCUGACAUGCCUCAAUGAGGCCUCCGUCCUCCACAACCUGCGGGAGAGAUACUACUCGGGCCUCAUCUACACAUACUCGGGCCUUUUCUGUGUGGUCAUCAAUCCUUACAAGCAGCUGCCCAUCUACACGGAAGCCAUUGUGGAGAUGUACCGGGGCAAGAAGCGGCACGAGGUCCCACCCCAUGUGUACGCGGUCACUGAGGGGGCCUACCGCAGCAUGUUGCAAGAUCGGGAAGAUCAGUCCAUCCUCUGCACGGGUGAGUCUGGGGCCGGCAAGACAGAAAACACCAAGAAAGUCAUUCAGUACCUGGCUCACGUGGCCUCGUCCCCAAAGGGCCGGCGGGAGCAGGGUGCCCAGCCCCCUGCCAACAUGGUGGCCUAUGGUGAGCUAGAACGGCAGCUGCUCCAAGCCAACCCCAUCUUGGAGGCCUUUGGGAACGCCAAGACGGUCAAGAAUGACAACUCCUCUCGCUUUGGCAAAUUCAUCAGGAUCAACUUCGAUGUGGCUGGCUACAUUGUGGGGGCCAACAUUGAGACCUACUUGCUGGAGAAGUCCCGGGCCAUCCGGCAAGCCAAGGACGAGUGCAGCUUCCACAUCUUCUACCAGCUCUUGGGGGGGGCCGGGGAGCAACUGAAAGAGGACCUCCUCCUCCAGCCCUGCUCCGAGUACCGCUUCCUCACCAAUGGGCCAGCAUCAUCCCCGGGCCAGGAGCGGGAGCUCUUCCACGAGACUCUGGAGUCCCUACGCGUGCUGGGCUUUAGCCAUGAGGAGAUAGUCUCCAUGUUACGAGUGGUGUCUGCUGUUCUCCAGUUUGGAAACAUCUCCCUGAAGAAAGAGCGACAUUCAGACCAGGCGACAAUGCCAGACAAUACAGCCGCCCAGAAACUCUGCCGUCUGCUGGGCUUGGGAGUGACGGAUUUCUCCCGAGCCCUGCUCUCCCCUCGCAUCAAGGUUGGUCGGGACUAUGUGCAGAAGGCUCAGACCAAAGAGCAGGCUGACUUUGCUUUGGAAGCCUUGGCUAAAGCCUCCUACGAGCGCCUCUUCAGAUGGCUUGUGCUGCGCCUCAACCGUGCCCUGGACCGAAGUCCUCGCCAGGGGGCCUCCUUCCUGGGCAUCCUGGACAUCGCUGGCUUUGAGAUCUUCCAACUGAAUUCGUUCGAGCAGCUCUGCAUCAACUACACCAACGAGAAGCUGCAGCAGCUCUUCAACCACACCAUGUUCGUGCUGGAGCAGGAGGAAUACCAGCGCGAGGGCAUCCCCUGGACCUUCCUGGACUUUGGCCUCGACUUGCAGCCCUGCAUCGACCUCAUCGAGAGACCUGCCAACCCCCCGGGGCUUCUGGCACUGCUGGAUGAGGAGUGCUGGUUCCCCAAGGCCACCGACAAGUCCUUUGUGGAGAAGGUAGCCCAGGAGCAGGGCAGUCACCCCAAGUUCCAGCGGCCCCGGCAGCUGCGAGACCAGGCCGACUUCAGCGUGCUGCACUAUGCCGGGAAGGUGGACUACAAGGCCAACGAGUGGUUGAUGAAAAACAUGGACCCCCUGAAUGACAGCGUCGCCACCCUCCUGCACCAGAGCACGGACAAGCUCACGGCGGAGAUCUGGAAGGAUGUGGAGGGAAUUGUGGGCCUGGAGCAGGUGAGCAGCCUGGGGGAUGGAGGCACGCCCGGUGGCCGCCCCCGCCGCGGCAUGUUCCGGACGGUGGGUCAGCUGUAUAAAGAGUCUCUGAGCCGGCUCAUGGCCACGCUGAGCAACACCAACCCCAGCUUUGUGCGCUGCAUCAUCCCCAACCACGAGAAGAGGGCAGGGAAACUGGAGCCCCGGCUGGUACUGGACCAGCUGCGCUGUAAUGGGGUCCUGGAGGGGAUCCGAAUCUGUCGCCAGGGCUUCCCCAACCGAAUCCUAUUCCAGGAAUUCCGGCAGAGGUAUGAGAUCCUGACUCCCAAUGCCAUCCCCAAGGGCUUCAUGGACGGGAAACAGGCCUGUGAGAAAAUGAUCCAGGCCCUGGAGCUCGACCCCAACCUGUACCGUGUUGGCCAAAGCAAAAUCUUUUUCCGGGCCGGCGUCCUGGCCCAGCUGGAGGAAGAGCGAGACCUCAAGAUCACGGACAUCAUUGUGUCCUUCCAGGCAGCUGCCCGCGGAUAUUUGGCCAGAAGGGCUUUCCAUCGGCGGCAGCAGCAGCAGAGUGCCCUGCGUGUGAUGCAGAGGAACUGUGCCGCCUACCUCAAGCUCCGACACUGGCAGUGGUGGCGCCUCUUUACCAAGGUGAAGCCACUUCUUCAGGUGACCCGCCAGGAUGAAGUGCUGCAGGCACGUGCCCAGGAGCUCCAGAAGGUCCAAGAACAGCAGCAGCAGAGUGCCCGUGAGCUGGACGAACUCCAGGGCCGAGUGGUCCAGCUGGAGGAGGAGAGAGCCCGGCUCUCAGAGCAGCUCCGAGCCGAGGCCGAGCUGUGCGCCGAGGCCGAGGAGACCCGGGGCCGCCUGGCGGCCCGGAAGCAGGAGCUGGAGAGAGUGGUGGGCAUGCUGGAGGCCCGGGUGGGCGAGGAAGAGGAGCGCACGGUUCAGCUGGAGACAGACAAGAAGCGGCUGCAGCAGCACGUGCAGGAACUGGAGCAGCACCUCGAGGCAGAGGAGGGGGCCCGGCAGAAGCUGCAGCUGGAGAAGGUGACCACCGAGGCCCGGCUGAAGAAGAUGGAGGAGGACCUGCUGCUCCUGGAGGACCAGAACACCAAACUGGGCAAGGAGCGGCGGCUGCUGGAGGAGCGUCUGGCCGAGUUCUCCUCCCAAGCUGCAGAGGAGGAAGAAAAAGUGAAAAGUCUUAAUAAGCUCAGGCACAAAUACGAGUCCAUGAUGGCAGACAUGGAAGAGCGGCUCAAGAUGGAGGAGAAGAGCCGUCAAGAGCUGGAGAAGACCAAGCGGCGCCUGGAUGGGGAGAGCUCAGAGCUGCACGAGCAGAUGUUGGAGCAGCAGCACAGGGCGGAGGAGCUCCGGGCCCAGCUGGGCCGCAAGGAGGAGGAGCUACAGGCUGCCUUGGCCAGGGUGGAAGAAGAGGGCGGCGCUCGGGCCAUGCUGCUCAAGUCCCUCCGAGAGGCCCAGGCUGGCCUGACGGAGGCUCAGGAGGACUUGGAAGUGGAGAGGGCAGCGAGGACCAAGGCUGAGAAGCAGCGGCGAGACCUAGGCGAGGAACUGGAGGCGCUCCGGGGGGAGCUUGAGGAUACCCUGGACUCCACAAACGCCCAACAGGAGCUCCGGACCAAGCGGGAGCAGGAAGUGUCGGAGCUGAAACGGGCCCUGGAGGAGGAGACACGCAGCCACGAGGCAGCUGUCCAGGAGCUGCGGCAGCGUCACAGCCAGGCGGUGGGCGAGCUAGGAGAGCAGCUGGAGCAGGCGCGGCGGGGCAAAGGUACCUGGGAGAAAGCCCGCCUGGCCCUGGAAGCCGAGGUCUCGGAGCUGCGGUCCGAGCUGAGCAGCCUGCAGACCUCGCGGCAGGAGGGCGAGCAGCGCCGGCGGCGGCUCGAAGGCCAGGUGCAGGAGCUGCAGGCCCGGGCCGGGGACGGCGAGCGCGCGCGGGCAGAAGCGGCCGACAAGCUGCAGAGAGCCCAGGCGGAGCUGGACAGCGUCUCCGGGUCCCUGAGUGAGGCCGAGUCCAAAGUGAUCCGCCUUAGCAAGGAGCUGAGCAGCGCCGAGGUCCAGCUGCACGAUGCUCAGGAGCUCCUGCAGGAAGAGACACGGGCCAAGCUGGCCCUGGGCUCUCGGGUCCGAGGGCUGGAGAGCGAGGCCGCUAGCCUUCGGGAGCAGCUGGAAGAAGAGGCUGCGGCCAGGGAGCGAGCUGGGCGAGAGCUGCAGACGGCCCAGGCCCAGCUGUCGGAGUGGCGGAGGCGGCAGGAGGAAGAGGCGGGGGCUCUGGAGGCCGGAGAAGAGGCCCGUCGCCGGGCGGCACGAGAGGCGGAGGCCUUGGCCCAGAGGCUGGCUGAGAAGACAGAGGCUGCCGAUCGGCUGGAGAGGGGCCGGCGACAGCUGCAGCAGGAGCUGGAUGAUGUCUCCAUGGACCUGGAGCAGCAGCGACACCUCGUCAGCAGUCUAGAGAAGAAGCAGAAGAAGUUCGACCAGCUCCUGGCAGAGGAGAAGGCAGUGUCCCUGCGGGCAGUGGAGGAGCGGGAGCGGGCAGAGGCCGAGGGCAGGGAGCGCGAGGCCCGGGCCCUGGCCUUGGCCCGGGCCCUGGAAGAGGAACGUGAGGCGCGGGAGGAGCUGGAGCGGCAGAACCGGGGCCUACGAGCAGAGCUGGACGAGUUGCUGAGCAACAAGGAUGACGUGGGCAAGAGUGUACACGAAAUGGAGCGAGCCCGCCGGGCCGCUGAGCAGGCAGCAGCUGACCUGCGCACUCAGGUGACCGAGCUGGAGGACGAGCUGAUGGCCGCAGAGGACGCCAAGCUGCGCCUGGAGGUGACAGCCCAGGCGCUGAAGGCUCAGCACGAGAGGGAGCUGCAGGGCCGUGAUGAGGCUGGCGAGGAGAGAAGGCGGCUGCUGGCCAAGCAGUUACGGGACGCUGAGGUUGAGCGCGAUGAGGAGCGGAAACAGAGGGCCCUGGCCGUGGCCGCCCGAAAGAAGGCCGAGCUGGAGCUGGAGGAGCUGAGGGCCCAGGUGGGCUCUGCGGGCCAGGGGAAGGAGGAGGCCAUGAAGCAGCUCCGGAAGACCCAGGCCCAGAUGAAGGAGCUAUGGCGGGAAGUGGAGGAGUCUCGAACUUCCCGGGAAGAAAUCUUUGCCCAGAACCGGGAGAACGAGAAGAGGCUCAAGGGCCUGGAGGCCGAGCUGCUGAGGCUGCAGGAGGAGCUCGCGGCCUCGGACCGUGCCCGUCGCCAGGCGCAGCAGGAUCGGGAUGACAUAGCGGAUGAGGCUGCCAACGGGAACCUGGCCAAGACGGCCCUCCUGGAGGAGAAACGGCAGCUCGAGGGGCGGCUGGGCCAGCUGGAGGAAGAGCUGGAGGAGGAGCGCGGUAACCUGGAGCUGCUGGAUGACCGCUACCGCAAGCUCCUGCUGCAGGUGGAGUCACUGAGCACCGAGCUAUCCGCCGAGCGGAGUUUCUCCGCCAAGGCAGAAAGCGGACGGCAGCAGCUGGAGCGCCAGAUCCAGGAACUGCGGAGCCGUCUGGGAGAGGAGGAUGCUGGGGUCAGGGCGCGCCACAAGAUGCUCAUCGCGGCCCUGGAGUCCAAGCUGGCCCAGGCUGAGGAGCAGCUGGAGCAGGAGAGCAGGGAGCGCAUUCUCUCCGGGAAGCUUGUCCGAAGAGCCGAGAAACGCCUGAAGGAGGUGGUCCUGCAGGUGGAUGAGGAGAGGAGGGUAGCCGACCAGCUCCGGGACCAGCUGGAGAAGGGGAACCUGCGGCAGAAGCAGCUGAAAAGGCAGCUGGAGGAGGCGGAGGAAGAGGCCUCCAGGGCCCAAGCCGGCCGCCGGCGGCUGCAGCGCGAGCUGGAUGAUGUUACUGAAUCAGCAGAGUCCAUGAACCGGGAGGUCACCACGCUGAGGAACCGGCUUCGGCGAGGGCCCCUCACCUUCACCACCAGGACCGUGCGGCAGGUCUUCCGCCUGGAGGAGGGGGUCGUCUCCGAUGAGGAAGAAGGAGAAACACCAGAAGGGGGCGCUGGGCCCCCUGCUCCAGAGCCUGAUGUCCCCCCUCAGUCCCAGCCACAGUGACCCCAAGUUUAUCCUCUGCUCUGCCUCUCCUUCCCUUUCUGCCUUCUUGCACUUUGGGGACCCUCGUGCCCAGCCCAGGCACUUUAAGCCCCAAUUCAAGUCGUGGGGCUGGGAGUGAGGUGGGGGGCAGGCUCAGGCCUGCUCUCCGCCCCCACCCCCAGGGGGAAGAGGUCCCAGCUUUCCCCUUCGCAUUUUGGCUCUUCCUUUCCCUUCUCCUCCCUACCGCACCCACAUUCCUGUCCUCUUUCUUCUCAGCCACCGUGUUCUUUGGAACUUGCUCUUCUCUUUUCUCACCACCCACAUCCUCUUUUCCUCCUCUUUUGCAACACCAUCCCCCUUUCUCCUUGCCUUCUCUUCUCCAGCUCUCCCCUCCUCAUCCUUGUCUCUCUAUCCUCUCAUCUCCUUCCCCUUCCUCACCACCUUCAUCUUCCUCCCUUCCACCCUCAUCCCCAUAUGCUCAUCUCCUUAUUAUCUCAUCUCAUGUAAUUCAAGCUCCUUUUCCCUCAUCUCAUCUCCCCCCCUUCCCUCUUCAACCUUUUACCCCUCUUUGUAUCUUCAGCACUUAGCACAAUGUCUGGUGCAUAGCGGGCGCUUAAUCAGUGUUUACUGGUUGAUCCUUCUCAUUUCCCUCUCUUCCACACUCACUUCCAUCAUCUUCCUCUCCCUCUUUCCCUCCUCGUCCUUUCUAUCCCCCCUCUCUCAUCUCGUCUAUUUCCCUCUCUCUCCCCCUCGUCUCCCUCUCUCAUCUUAUCCCCAUCUUUUCUGUCAUCUCCCUGAACCCAUCCAGUCUCAUUCCUUCUUUACCUUCCCCUGCCUUGUUCCCCAUUCUCUUCUCCUCACCUCUUUCUUGACUCCUUUCUCCCCCAUCUCUUUUCCCUUCCAUCAUUUUCUCCCUUUUCCUGUCUCUCCUCCCCAGUCCCCAUCCGAUGCUCUGGUGGCCUCUGUGUGAUUUAGGUUGGAGUUUCAGGGUCAGGUGUAACAGUAGCAUGUAUCCUGUUCUCCCUACCCCCUGCCCUUUCCACUCCAAUGGAAAUAAACUUACAAGCCUUGCCUGG